CAAACCUUUUCAAGUGGCAGAUUGGUGCAAGAUUUAAAAACUGUUUAUAAAAGCUCAAGCCUUUGUUAACAACAGGAGGAAAAUGCAACGCAUAUUCAUCGUAUUUAAAAUAUACACAGACCUCAAGUGGAGACCUAUAUUAAGAUUGUCAGAGUUUGUGGCGAUUAAUGCUGAGUAGACAAGGUUGAUUAUUAGUAUUUUAAAAUUUUGAAAAAAUUUAAUAACGAUAAAGGACACUCUCGACUUGAAAGAAAAAAAAUGUGAGCUCAUAUAGUAAUAGUUAGUGAAAUACUAAGAAGCAUCAUGGAUUUUUUUUGUGAAUAUGUCCAUAAAAACAAUCAAUGGUCUUGAUGGUUGAACACCGAUGAUGGUUCUGAUGUUACAAAAAUUACGGGACUGGCGUGUGAGGAUAACAAAUAGGCAUUGAAACUUUUAAGGGAUUCUCGUUAAGCACCAAAUGGUGUAAUAAGAAAGUGCAAAGUAGGGCAUUACUGUAGAAAAG